CCUACUCCUCUCCGUGUGCUGCACUUGUCUAUGUUGCCGCAUCUCAGACGAAACUCCAAGCGACACGUAACGACUCGGCAUCGUCCAAGAGGAACACACAGCAUCCAAAAGUUACACGAUAGAUAACGCAGAACUAACAAUGUUACAGUUCAGGAGAACGUUUGAGAAUGAAAAAGUCCAGCUGCAGGAAUUAAACCGCAGACUAAGUCACUACCUGUCCAGAGUGAAACAUCUGGAACAAGAAAACGCCUGUCUGGUAAAAGAAAUAAGCGUGGUUAGAAAUGAGAGAACUUUCGAGUGGGAAGAUCAGUACUUGGCCGAACUGCGGGAACUUCGGACAACGGUGGACCAGCUAGCUUUUGAGAAGUCUAAAGCCGAGGUAGAACGAGAGAGGCUGCGACGAGAGUUUCAGACGGUUCAGACGCUGCUCUUCGAGGAGUCGGGAAUGUGCCGUGACAUCGAUGGGGAGCUGAAAGCCUGCAAGGUGCAAUUUCAGCAAGCGCAGGCGAAGAACGCCGACCUGGAGGACUUUUUGUUCCAGCUGGAAAACGAAAGCAGGCUUCUACAAGAAGAACACAGACGAGAAAUCUCCCAUGUCAAGAACACCAUUUACUCCAGAGCACUGUCCAAUGUCACCCAGACGUACCGAGCUGUUCCGCCGAUCACGGUGGAAGAGGUGGAGCAGUGCGCGCUCAGCAUGUCGGAUAACUGUAUGGAGAUGUUCGAGGUGUACCGAAAAAGGGUUGAAGACCUGGAGGAGUCCCUCAGGGCGGACGAGGCUAAGGUGGAGGAUUUGCGCAGAGAGAAAAACCAGUAUGCCACCGACUUUGAGAAGCUACGCUAUGAGCUUGAGGAGCAAAACAGACUGCAGGUGCACCUUGAGGGACAGCUGAAGAACACGCAGGACAAGUACAGGGGGGAGCUCGACCAUUACCAGAUGAUUGUAGAGGAUCUGGAGCAGGAGCGGAUGUUUCUGACCAGCGCCAUUGCAGACAAGCUUAAGGAACAUCAGGAUCUCAUGCAGGUUAAGAUGGGCCUCAGCCUAGAGUUGGCUGCUUACAGGGCACUACUGGAAGGAGAGCAACGAGAUGCAUAUCUCUCGGCAGGCCGGUAUUUAAGAGAAGCACCAAGACGAAUAGGCUCUUCCAUAGUCAGACAAGACAGAAGACCACCUGUAAACACAGGUUUUGAAACCAGAUACAUCGAACAAGUGAGAAGUUCAAAAACUUCCCCUGGCAUCAGUCAUUUCAGAUCCUAUGAAGGCCCUGGUGCAACCAUUGGGCGAGCAUCAAGCAGAAGAGACAUCAUGUUAUGCAGCAAAACACCACAAGUACCCAUAAUUGCUGUAAGGCCAGUGACGACGUUACAGAAAUGUGAUCUGAAAACUGAAAUAGCGGAAGAAGUAAUGGUGCAAAAGAAAGAUGUCUCUCAGCACUCUGUGAAUCAUCAGCAGUCCGUAAAGGAUUUCAGUCCUCUUCCCUCACCAACAUCAGAUCAGAGGGAAAUAGACCGGGAAGAAGCAAAUAAAACGUGUGUGAGAGUUGUGUCCCCUCCAAUGAUGAGUUUAAUUACAAUGUCAGAAAAAGAAGGCGGGGAGGAUGCCGGAGACGUUAAGGCUGAUGAGAGUGAGGACAGAAAGGAAGCUGAUUACAAUGUCAUUCUGGAGCAAGGAAAGAUUGACGAGGAGGAGGAAGUGGAAGGUGCUCUGACACUAGAGGAGGUCACAAUAACGACCCAGGAUGAUUUUUCAGAUGAUUCACAAAUUAAAGAGGAGGAGGAGAGUAAGAGGAUUGAUCCAGCUGAGGAGCAGGAGGAAGGGGAAGGUUCUCAGAAGGAGGAGGUCACAGUAAUAACCCAGGAAGAAUUUUCAGAUGACUCACAAAUUAAAGAGGAGAAGGAGAGUAAGAGGAUUGAUCCAGCUGAGGAGCAGGAGGAAGGGGAAGGUUCUCAGAAGGAGGAGGUCACAGUAAUAACCCAAGAAGAAUUUUCAGAUGACUCACAAAUUAAAGAGGAGAAGGAGAGUAAGAGGAUUGAUCCAGCUGAGGAGCAGGAGGAAGGGGAAGGUUCUCAGAAGGAGGAGGUCACAGAAAUAACACAGGAAGAAUUUUCGGAUGACUCACAAAUUAAAGAGGAGAUGGAGAGUAAGAGGAUUGAUCCAGCUGAGGAGAAGACCAUUGCAACGGUAAGCCUGGAAGAAAUUAUUGAAAAGGUUAUAAAGCCUGCUGGUCUGGAUGCACAUCUUAGUUCAUCACCAGACUCAAAGAUCACUUAUCAUGUUGAGAAAACAGAAGCAGAGAAUGGCAAAACCCAGAUAAUACUAGAGUCAAAGAUAGAGGAGGAUCUGGAUGUAUCUGAUGAGGCUUUGGAAGAGCUCCUCAGCAAAGAAGUUAAAAAAGUCACUCUAGAGGAUGUCAAAGGAACUGCUGCUGGAAGCAUGAUUGAAAACUUGCUUUCUUUUGGGCUAGCAAAAGGCGAGAACUUGGAAAAGCUGUCAGUAAAUGUUGAAAUAAUUGAGGAGCCGCUGGAAGCACACAGCAAGGAGGACAGCAAAGUCACUCCAACAACAGCAUUCUUUCAGUCUUCUUCAAAAUGUAUCCAAAUUGAAGAGUUGGAGAAUGACCCUCCACCGCCUGAACAUUAUGACAGUGGUGUUGAAGAAUUAAAGACUUCAAUGAUAGCCAAAGAAUAUGGAACAGGAGAAUCAGCGGAAGUGCAAGAGGGUUUGAAAGUUACAGAUGUUACAUAUUAUAUUCAAGAAACUGAAUAUUUCGUGUCCACACCGGAUGAUGAUCCUGAGGAAGGCCCUUUAUCGUCUUCUGAACAUUGUGAAGCAGUUCAUGGCUUGUCAGAUGAAAUGUGCAAUCAAGAAGGACCUGCAAUCAGCCAAGAGGAUUCUGGUAGUCAAGAAUUAGAAUCCAAGGUAACAUAUAUGAUCAGUGAACUUGCCUGCAGUGAGGACAGAGAUUUACUAUGUGUUGUAGAAGAAGAAAUUCAAGUCUCUCCCCAAAUGAAAGAGGCUACGCUAGAUGUUCUGCAAGAAGACUCAAAGGACCCAAAGCAACAGCUGAGGGAACCUUUGGAAGAGCUCCAAGGAGAAGUGAGUGGGGAAUUAAAGGAAAAUGUAUCUCUUAUCACAAGAAAUGAUGAAGAAGGUGAUGAUGGUCUGUCUGUGGACAUCAGAAAAGUACAGAAGGAUUCGGAUGAGAAUUCAAUGACCAUUGUAGCAGAGAUCAAUGUUUCACAGACUCUAGAAGGUUCUGAACUGUUGGAGGAGCAGGACAAAGAUACGUUUCAAGAGACAGAACGGUCAGUAAAUGUAGACGGCAGUACAGAGGAACAUAACAGUGUUAGCCGUUCUGAGGAAUCCAGUACGCCUCAGACUGAUGUCAGGAUCAGGGCUCCUCAUCCACAGGCAGAUAGAAGUGAGGAGGUCAGUCAGGAGGGGGAUUUGAAGACAUGGCAGGAGUACACCGCAGAGUGCACCGAAACCAGCCAGGUGCUACAAAGCAAAGAAGCUCUACCCCAGUUAAAAGUGAGUCAAGAGGAAACAAUCGUCUACUUGGAAAGCCGUGAAGAAGCAUAGUCACCCUAGUUCUAAUACAGUACUGCUUGGCUCACUGUACCAGUGACCAUGACCACCUGUCACCUACAGCAUGACAUGUUUUGUGUUCGAGUCUCAUUAGGGGUGAUAUCAUUUUAACUGUAGCUCAGCCGCAUUAACUGAAAUAUCCUUGCUGUUCCAAGCCUAAAAUAUUUUAGUACAUAUUUAGAAUAGCAUGAAUAGCAGAAAUCAAAAGACCGCAACAACAGCUUAAAUCUAAUCUAAAAAUUUCAUUACAGGUCUGAUGUAACAGUUUGGCUGCAUACAUGUUGCUGUUCAUUCAUGUAACACGUUUGUAUAGCUGGCGUUUACAGUUGGUAACAGCUUUAUGGCUACUUUCCUGCAUAGUGUCAUUUAAGACAUUUAGUUAGGUGUGAUGCGCUGGACAGAAAGACCUUUUAUCUGAAAUGUUUGGUUUUUGGGUGCACCAGUAUUUUUCUGAAUAUACUAUAAUUACCAGGAGAACAAUCUUACCUGAACUCAUGUCAUUUUUUUAAUGUGACACAUUCUUGCACACAUUUGCUAUUCUUUGUAGUUAGUUAGGAAUGAGAAGCUGAGUGUGAAAAUAAACACACUUGUUUGUUCGAUCGCCUUGGGAUGGACUGGCCUGCUGUCCAGGGGGAUUCCCUGCCCUAUGCAGUCUGGCCAGGCUCCAAGUCUCCCAUGACCCUCACCAGGGUACAGAGUGGGAAAGUGGAUGCAUGUUUCUUCAAGCUGAUUAGUCAGAAUAAAAUUGAGUUGCUCAGGCAGGAUUGCUAAGAUGGCUUUUCUAGGCACGGAGGGUCACCUGAUGUUCUGUUUUACUGGGUUCAUCUUGGUUAUGGGAUGAAUCACCGGGUCACCCGUGAAUUAUUAUUGAACCGAGAGGAAGCACCUUUCAGCAGAGAGAUCGGCUUAAUGCUCAAGCAUCCUGUGCAGUUUAAAUUUCACUGAAGAGAUCUCCAUAAGAGCUUUGUUUGUAAAUGAUGGACAGUGUCGUCCUGUAAACCACAAACAACAGAACACCAUUGAGUACAAAUAUCAUGUAAAAAAUAUUAAAUGGAUAUAUGAUUGUACCCUUUGGAAGCUUCUAAGGAUGUAUUGUUCAGUGGCAGUUUUCAGUGUGACCCUGUGCUGUAAGAUGGAUGGAUGGAUGGACUGAAUUUUUUAUUUUUAUUUUUUUACAUGCUGACAAUAAAAUCCAUGGAGUGUGUCUGUGA